AUGGACUGGCUCAACAAGAAGAAGAAGGCGGCGAAGCGGGCAGCAGCCAAGAUGAAGAACCAGCGGUCGACCUUCCAAGGCGAAGGGAAUGUGCUCGGAGGGUCUUCCGCUGCUUCGUCUGCGCCGCCGCCCGCCGCCGCGCCGUCUCGCGGUCCGUCACUAAAGCUGCCAUUUAUCACGACGAAACCUCCUGCUCUAUCGGAAGACGAACAACAGGAGAGACGUGAGCUGCAGGCCAAAGCUAUGGAGCAGCGUGGCAAUGCCUGGGACAAGCGUGUGGCUACAGCACGCAAAUUGAGGCUCCAGCAGGAUGAGGAGCGCGAGACCAAGUUUGAAUACACCGAUGCAGCAGCCACUGCCGCUGAACCGAGCUCGGUGUCUGUCGUGCUUUCGAAUGAAGUAGUUAAAGCAAGAGAGCUGCAGAGCGCUCAGGCGCAGAUGGGCUUCAAUCCGUACGCAGUUACGAUUUCAUCCUCGACACAGGCGGUGUCUGCUAUGAAUGGCAUUGGCGGAAAUGCAGGGCCUAUGAUGGGAGAGAGCAGUGGUGCUACGACAGCAUCUGUACCAUCUGGAGAGAUGUCUCGUGCUGCACUACCUGACACUGUAGUGGCAGAUCGCAAUGCUGGUGAGAACGGUGCUGUGUACGUGUUGCUUCGUCAAGACCCGACACGUGCAAUCACAGCAGCAGAAACGCUGAUAAAGAUGCUGAGCAACGUUAUAAAGAACCCACAGGAGGAAAAGUUUCGCAAGAUUCGGAUUUCGAACGCGUUGGUUCAGUCCAAGGUCGUGGCUGUGCCUGGUGCUCUUGAUAUUCUUGCCGAAGCCGGGUUCUUGCCAGUCGAGCUUGACGGUGAUGCCUAUUUAACGCUGCCUGCUGACGCAUUCGAGGCUGAGCGUGUGCAGUCUGCUAUCGACCGCACGGAAGUCGCGCUCAUUCAGCUCCAGCACGACUCGGCGUAG